CCCCGGUUUCACCUACCUCAGUAGAUCUUUCCCUCUUCCGCAGGAAGCAACGGGCACGAGUUUGUCUUCCUUCUGAAAGGACACGAAGAUCUCCGCCAGGACGAAAGAGUGAUGCAGCUCUUCGGCCUCGUGAACACUCUCCUCGCGAACGACCCCACGUCCCUUCGUAAAAACCUCAGCAUCCAGCGCUAUGCGGUGAUCCCUCUCUCCACCAACUCUGGGCUUAUAGGCUGGGUGCCUCACUGCGACACUCUGCACGCUCUCAUUCGAGACUACCGGGAGAAAAAGAAGAUUCUGCUCAACAUUGAGCACCGCAUCAUGCUGAGGAUGGCUCCUGAUUACGACCAUCUCACUCUAAUGCAAAAGGUGGAAGUGUUCGAACACGCGGUCAACAAUACAGCUGGAGAUGACCUGGCCAAACUUCUGUGGCUGAAGAGUCCCAGCUCAGAGGUGUGGUUUGACCGAAGAACGAAUUACACUCGUUCAUUAGCUGUGAUGUCGAUGGUUGGCUACAUUUUGGGUCUUGGCGACAGGCAUCCCUCCAACCUUAUGCUGGACCGACUGAAUGGCAAAAUCCUGCACAUCGACUUUGGAGAUUGCUUUGAGGUGGCGAUGACCCGAGAGAAAUUCCCUGAGAAGAUUCCCUUCAGGCUAACCCGGAUGUUGACCAACGCCAUGGAGGUCACUGGCUUAGAUGGAAACUACCGGAUCACCUGCCACACCGUGAUGGAAGUCUUACGAGAGCACAAAGACAGCGUCAUGGCCGUAUUAGAAGCCUUCGUAUACGACCCCUUGCUCAACUGGAGGCUGAUGGACACAAACACCAAAGGUAAUAAGCGAUCUCGGACCCGGACAGAUUCGUACUCUGCUGGCCAGUCAGUCGAAAUGCUGGACAGUGUGGAACUGGGUGAAACAGCCCACAAGAAAGCUGGAACAACAGUCCCUGAAUCCAUCCAUUCCUUCA